CGUUUCCAGUCGUCUUUAACCAGCUGUUGACAUAUCCUUACAAUUCACUUUUUAUUUGCUUUGUUUUAUCGAUUAUAAAAGUAUGAUCAUCGCAUUUGUGUACACAAAGUCAUUCACCAUUUCGUUGUUACUUAGCAUCAUUACGUUAUCACGUUCAGUUUGGAAUCUGUUAUCUAAUAAACAACAAAAGUCAUAGAUAAAGAAUUUCGGUAGUCUUAAAGUCUUAUAGAGAGAACGGGAGGAGGACAAGUACAAAUAAAUGCAAUCAGAAAUGGUAAUCAAAAAGCGUAAAGACGUGUACAAAAAGGUUGGGAAGAUGGAAGCCCGAGCGGAGCACCAGUCCUACAAAAGGUACAAAUCGUUGUACACCUUCACCAGCCUCGUAGGAUGUUCCCUGAUAGUCCUCAUCGUCGUAUGGUGCGUCGAGUUCAGGGGUGGAUUUGCAUGGAAAUCCAAUCCCAAACUGCAAUUCAAUUGGCAUCCACUCAUGAUGACCAUAGGUCUCAUAUUCAUGUUCUCGCAAGCAAUGUUGAUUUACCGAACGGGUAGAGGUGUUACGAAAAGGUCGUUGAAAAUCCUGCACGGAUUCAUUCAUCUUGGAGCUUUCGUCUGCUCAGUGUUCGGUUUAGUAGCCGUCUUUGAUUUCCACAAUAACUCUGUUCCACCCAAAGCCAACCUGUACACCCUUCACUCUUGGCUCGGACUUAUAUGCGUGAUAAUGUUCACAUUGCAACUCGUCGGAGGAUUCGUAACGUUUAUGUAUCCUGGUUUAAGCAGGGAGAUUCGUAAAAUAUCGCUUCCCGUUCACGUGGCCGUGGGUAUUUCCCUCUUCGUGCUUUCCGUCUGCACUGCCUUCAUGGGAUUGCAGGAAAAAGCGAUAUUCGCAAUUGACGACUACGCCAGCUUUUCAUCGGAAUCCCUUCUAGUCAACUUCACAGGUUUAAUUCUUGCCCUGUACGCCACAUUGGUGCUAUACCUAGUCAACAACACCGAGUUCAAGAGGACCGCUUUGCCCGAGGAGGAGUUGGCACUAUCCGGACACACCGAAUAGGAUCAGAUCCAGAUGGCGGUUUUAAUUUGAACGUCGUAUCCUUCCUACUGCUAUACAUCCAAUAUUCUAUAUCAUGAUUAUAUAUAAUAAGUGUUGUCUCAAUAUAUAUAUACAUAUACGUUAAUUGAUGUGCACACUAUGUUAUUAAGGUGCUAUGUAAUCAGAACUAUAAUAAACGAUGCAAUUAGGUAUGCGUAUGUAUCCAGUUGCGCAAAUAAAUCGA